UAUCACCUUUCAGAAGUAAUGCCCACAGAAAGCGGGAGUUGUUCAACUGCUCGCCAAGCAAAACAGAAACGCAAAUCUCACAGCCUUUCCAUACGAAGAACUAACAGCUCAGAGCAGGAGAGGACUGGCCUGCCGAGAGACAUGUUAGAGGGACAAGAUUCUAAACUGCCUUCCUCGGUUCGCAGUACUCUUUUGGAACUGUUUGGUCAAAUAGAAAGAGAAUUUGAAAACCUUUAUAUUGAAAACUUAGAAUUGCGCAGAGAAAUUGAGACUCUUAAUGACCGUUUAGCUGCCGAAGGACAAGCAAUCGAUGGGGCAGAGCUGAGUAAGGGCCAACUCAAAACCAAAGCCAGUCACAGUACCAGCCAGCUUUCUCAGAAACUGAAGACCACCUACAAGGCCUCCACCAGCAAGAUUGUCUCCAGCUUCAAGACCACCACGUCCAGGGCAGUGUGCCAGCUCGUGAAGGAGUACAUCGGCCACAGGGAUGGCAUCUGGGAUGUCAGUGUGGCGAGGACGCAGCCUGUGGUGCUGGGGACCGCGUCUGCCGAUCACACGGCUCUGCUGUGGAGCAUUGAGACGGGGCGGAGCCUCGCCAAGUACACGGGCCACGUGGGGUCAGUAAAUUCCAUUAAAUUUCAUCCAUCAGAACAGUUGGCUCUCACCGCUUCUGGAGAUCAGACCGCCCAUGUCUGGAGGUAUGCGGUUCAGCUGCCCACUCCUCAGCCUGCAGCCGACACUAGUCUCUGUGGCGAGGACGAGGUGGAGUGCUCCGACAAGGACGAGCCCGAUGCAGACGCGGAUGCAUCCAGCGACUGUCCCACCAUCCGGGCGCCACUGACAUCACUUAAGAGCCACCAGGGAGUGGUCAUAGCCGCCGACUGGCUGGUCGGGGGCAAGCAGGCGGUGACGGCCUCGUGGGACAGAACGGCGAACCUGUAUGACGUGGAGACGUCGGAACUUGUUCACUCCCUGACAGGGCACGAUCAGGAGCUGACGCACUGCUGCACACACCCGACCCAGCGGCUGGUGGUGACCUCCUCCCGCGACACGACUUUCCGUCUGUGGGACUUCAGGGACCCUUCCAUCCACUCCGUGAAUGUUUUCCAGGGCCAUACGGACACCGUGACCUCUGCCGUGUUCACCGUAGGAGAUAAUGUGGUCUCCGGCAGCGACGACCGCACCGUGAAGGUCUGGGACUUGAAGAACAUGAGGUCCCCCAUCGCAACCAUCCGCACGGACUCUGCCAUCAACAGGAUCAAUGUGUGCGUUGGCCAAAAAAUCAUUGCUCUCCCCCACGACAACCGCCAGGUGAGGCUGUUUGACAUGUCGGGUGUGCGGCUGGCGAGGCUCCCACGCAGCAGUCGGCAGGGCCACAGGAGGAUGGUGUGCGGCUCGGCCUGGAGUGAGGACCAUCCCGUGUGCAACCUGUUCACCUGCGGCUUUGACCGGCAGGCCAUCGGCUGGAACAUCAACAUCCCGGCACUGCUGCAGGAGAAGUGA